GAAGGCCUGUGGCCCUGGGCCAGCUGAGGGACCAGGCCACCAGCCCUUCCUGGCUCCUGAAUUCUUAAUCAGCAUAAAUAUUUACUUCCUUCCUCCCCUUCCAGGCUCCCAGCACAGAGGCGCUUCAGGGAGGUUAGACUGGGCCUGUGUCUAAAAAUAAACAGGUAGACGGACAGGCAGAAACACAGAUAGACAGACAUAAUGGGGGCGGGGGAGGGGUCAGGCAGAGGGCAGCUCCCUGCCCAAGCAGAGGAAUAGUGGGAGGGGUCCAGGACCAUCUGCCACUGUCAGUCACCCACCUACUUGCUGGCAGGGGUCUGGGGGGGGCGGGCGUAUUCACACAGAUCUGACAGCUCCAACUGGACAAGUCACAGAGCUGGGUCCCAACUGCAGCGGCCCCAGCUCCGGUGGCCCAGCCUCGGGCAGGUGGGUAGCCUCCCUGUGCUCAGAGAGUCCCAUGUUAGCCAUGCACAGGUGGGAUCUUGGGACGUGUCCCUAGAACUAGAGGAUCCCCAGUGAGGGAGGAGACUGUGCUGAGAGCAUUGUGGAGCUCUCGGGGUAAGCAGGUGGUCCGGGGACUGAGUGGAGACUGGACCAAGCUGCUGGGGGCUUGGCCCGGAGAGCAGGGACAUGGGCUCUGUCCUCCCCACCUGCCCCAUGGAUAGCGUUCCUGGCAGCUCCGUGUCCUCAAGGGGCCACACCAGCCUCCUAGAAGACACACACAGGUGAAAUAUCUGAAGCAUCUGACCAGGUGGUGGCUACGUCUGCUACCUCCACCCUUUUGUGUUAAACUGUAAAGCCUGGAUGCAGCGAGUGAACGGCAGAGGGGGUCUCACAGCGAGGCCUGUUUAGCAGGCAGACUUCAAAGGGGUGACAAGCUCCAUGGACCAAUGCAAGGGAACACCGUGAGCGUCCACCGCUUGUGCAAAGACUGCUGUUAUACAAAGAAGUCUGGGUUCAGAAUGAAGAGCUGACCUUGUUCUUGGGUUCCUGCCUGAAGACCAGCCCCCCACUGCCUGCUGCCACCUCCAGCCCCAUCACCAUGCACUCCUUGGACGAGCCGCUUGACCUGAAGCUGAGCAUCACCAAGCUCCGGGCGGCGAGAGAGAAGAGGGAGAGGACGCUGGGUGUGGUCCGGCCCCGUGCUCUGCACAGGGAGCUCGGCCUGGUAGAUGACAGCCCCACACCUGGCUCCCCAGGCUCCCCACCCUCAGGCUUCCUGCUGAACCCCAAGUUCCCCGAGAAGGUGGAAGGACGCUUUUCAACAGCCCCUCUGGUGGACCUCAGCUUGUCCCCACCAUCUGGGCUGGACUCGCCCAAUGGCAGCAGCUCGCUGUCCCCCGAGCGCCAGGGCAAUGGAGACCUGCCCCCAGUGCCUGCUGCUCCGGACUUCCAGCCACUGCGCUACUUGGACGGUGUCCCCAGCUCCUUCCAGUUCUUCCUGCCCCUGGGCUCCGGGGGGGCCCUGCACCUGCCUGCUUCCUCCUUCCUCACCUCCCCCAAGGACAAGUGCCUCUCACCAGAGCUGCCCCUGCCCAAGCAGCUGGUGUGUCGCUGGGCCAAGUGUAACCAGCUCUUCGAGCUCCUGCAAGACCUGGUGGACCACGUCAAUGACUACCACGUCAAGCCCGAGAAGGACGCGGGCUACUGCUGCCACUGGGAGGGCUGUGCCCGUCACGGCCGUGGCUUCAACGCCAGGUACAAGAUGCUCAUCCACAUCCGCACGCACACCAACGAGAAGCCGCACCGCUGCCCCACCUGCAACAAGAGCUUCUCCCGCCUGGAGAACCUGAAGAUCCACAACCGCUCACACACAGGUGAGAAGCCCUACGUCUGCCCCUACGAGGGCUGCAACAAGCGCUACUCCAACUCCAGUGACCGCUUCAAGCACACUCGCACCCACUACGUGGACAAGCCCUACUACUGCAAGAUGCCCGGCUGCCACAAGCGCUACACAGACCCCAGCUCGCUGCGCAAGCACAUCAAGGCCCACGGUCACUUCGUGUCCCACGAGCAGCAAGAGCUCCUGCAGCUGCGCCCACCCCCCAAACCACCACUGCCCACCCCCGACGGCAGCCCCUAUGUCAGUGGGGCACAGAUCAUUAUCCCCAACCCAGCCGCCCUCUUCGGAGGCCCCGGCCUGCCGGGCCUACCCCUGCCCCUGGCCCCUGGUCCCCUGGACCUCAGCGCCCUGGCCUGUGGCAAUGGUGGGGGCAGUGGGGGUGGAGGGGGCAUGGGCCCUGGGCUGCCAGGCCCCGUCCUGCCUCUCAAUCUGGCCAAGAACCCACUGCUGCCCUCGCCCUUUGGGGCUGGCGGACUGGGCCUGCCUGUGGUCUCCCUCCUCGCUGGCUCCGCUGGCGGCAAGGCCGAGGGGGAGAAGGGGCGUGGGCCGGUGCCCACCAGGGCCCUCAGCAUGGAGGGCCGCAAGACGCCCCUCGAAAGGACGGAGAGCAGCUGCUCCCGGCCUAGCCCCGACGGACUCCCCCUGCUGCCAGGCACCGUGCUGGACCUGUCCACGGGCGUCAGCUCGGCGGCCAGCAGCCCAGAGGCACUAGCCCCUGGCUGGGUGGUCAUCCCAUCGGGCUCCGUGCUGCUCAAACCGGCCGUGGUGAACUGACACCCCCAGCGGACACCUGAGGCAGCCCAGCCGGCACCCCGGCCCUGCCCGGACGAACGGAAACUCUCUGCGAAAUAGCAAUAAUGUCCUACUGCCCUGGGGCCUGGCUGGCUGUGCCCCCCCUCAAGGCAGUGCCAGCCCGCUGGGCAGCAAGGAUGGUGCUAGGUCACUGCUGGCUUCCCGGCUCCCAAGUGACGACCUGGACCUGCAGUCCGGGGAGAGCCGUGCUCUGGGUGCUGAGGCUCACUCCCCUCGGGCCCUCCUGUGCCACAGCUUCUUUAAGAGCCUCCCCUACCCCUAGGUCCCCUUCUCUCUCACCCUGGUGCCUCCCUCAUCCAGUGGCCAACCUGGGCAGCUCGCCUGCCCUCCCUACCUGCCAGCUAUGGGGAUGGCAGACUGCUGCCCAUGCCCCAGCAGUGGGGACGGGUGAGUGGCAUCUGCCCUCCCUGUGGGCACCAGACUCCCUCCCCACCCACAGCGGGCAGCUGCAGGAGCAGAGGCCCCACCCCCCACUCAGCCUCUGCCCUGGGGACUCCCUGGACCCCUUUCCCUCUGGCCCACCCUCCAGAGGGAGAGCAAGACAGACGCGGGCAAGCCCCCUCCCUGCCCCUGACAAGGUGCCUCCCGGCUUCUAGGAGAAGGGGGGCCCGCUGUGCCAGCUGUCCCUUCUCAGUCGUCCAGGCCCAGGCAGACAGCACUGCCGAUGGGAGGGUAUAGCUGGCCAUUCGCCUGGCCCUGCACCCUGGGCCUCCUUCCUCCCAGAGCACCCUGGACGUGUGGAAUAGGCCUGAGGGAGCCCCGAGCUGGAGGGGAGGUGCCAGAUGGGCAGCUGUGGGGCCAGGACUCCCAGGUGACCUGGGCAUCUGGCCCAGCGCCAGCUCAGGGAGCAGGUGGGGCCAGGCCAAGCUCCAUCUUUGUAUCCGUGCCCAGCUGGGCUCAUCUUGGGCAGCGCUGCCCUGCAGAGCAUCAGUCCUGCUCCAGGAAGGGAUCCUGGCUGGGUCAGCUCCCAGUCUGGGGGUGCUGUCACAUGUCGUGGGGGAGGGGGCCUCAGGGAAGGGAGCUAGGCUUGGGGGUGGCCUCUCUGCCUGGGAAGGGGGGCCUGAGGCAUGGUGUCUCCUCUGGCUUUCCCAGCUGGGCCCCUUUCCUAGAAGUUUGCCCCUACCCCUGGAACUCCUCCAAUCAGCUCCCCCAGGGUCUGUGCUACUCAGGGCCCUUGGCAGGAGGCUCCUGUGCCCAACAGCCCACUGCCAGACCCCAUGGCGGUGCCUCCCCACCCUGGGCCUCUCACCACCCCCUGCCCACCUGCCAGGUAGGAGCUUGGGCUUCUAGGCCUGUCCUGUCACCAGGCUGCAGAGUGGCCAAGCCCUUCCACCUCCCAUCUGCAGAACAAAGGAGCUGCCAGCGGCAGUGGGGUCCUCCAGAGCCCUGCAUUCCUCUGAGCAGCUCUGCUCACCCCAUCCUUUCCUGGACUGCCCUUCUGUCCCAGAGGGGUCACCCUGACCUGGCCGCCCUGCUGCUGGCCUUAGGACCCCAGCCCUGACAGGGCCUGGCCAUGCUGGCUCUGCCCCUGGAAGGGGCUGUGAGCAAGUAGGAGGGAGCCGGUCUCCUUUCUUUGGGCCCCACCAGGACCCAUGCGCCCCCACCCUACCAGGGGCCCAGGCUUUAAGGCCCAGGUGGGGGCUAUGGGUUUGAGACUCAAGCAGAGCAGAGGAACAGGGCACUGGAAGGUGACGUUAGCUCAGCAUGUGAUUUGGUGAUAGACCAGGCUCAGAAGGCCGGUGUACUUUUUGUUGUUGUUGGUUUGUUGUUGCACAUUCCAGGAUAUCAGUAUUUUAACAGGUUCUAAGUGCCUUUCUAUCGUAGCUUGUUACCCUCCUCUUGGCUCCAUUGCUGUUAGCAUAGAGUUUUAAAAAAAAAAGAGAUAAGCUAAUGACUAUAACAAUAUAUUCCUCCAUGUGAGAGGAAGUUUAUAAAGAAACAAUAAAAGUGAGUUGCAAAGA